CUUCUCAAAGACGCAACUCUACACACAUCAAGUCUCUAGACUGUUCUUAAAAAAAACAUCAACAAACUCUGACAUGGGACUUCCAAAGGCUUGGUUCAAGCUCAUGAAUCUGGAAAGUGCCUUUGACAGAGUUUUACUAGAAGAAAUUGAAUAUGUGAUGGUUGAAGAUAUUAAUCAAGCAAGAGAACAGGAUGCAGAAAAGAACCUGAUUUUCAUCUUCAAGGAUUGUAACAUGACGGUAUCAGAUUAUGUUACUUCAAUGCAAAAGUUUUUUGCUGAAAAUAUCCAUCCCAUACCUGUUGCAAAGAAAGCUCAAAUAGAUACAACUUUAACAUUUAUUCUAGCAGGAAAGAUGUUAAGGUGUCAAUAUAAUCUACCAGAAAAUCUCAAUCACAAAAUCUACACUCUAAUGCUAGUUCCUGAAGGAUCAGAGAUUGGCAAAUCGUAUGCUAGAUGGAAAUUGCAAUACCUGGUCACUUAUGCAGACUAUUUCAGAUUUAAGUUUGAUAUUUCUCCUGCUAAAAAUGAUUUGUUUCGGGAAGCUCUCUAA